GUGGUGCGCGGGCCUCUGGGUAGUGUAGUCCGCCCUUCCGCGCAGGCUCAGUGCGGCCGGGCGGGCCCCGCGGGCGCGGGUCAUUGUCCUGGCGGAGCUGCGCGGUCGGCCCGUUCCUGUCACCCUGGGCACUGGAGGGAUGGCCACCCAGCUGCUGACUGACGAGGCCCUGGAAUCAGUGACAUUCAGGGACGUGGCCGUGGACUUCACGCAGGAGGAGUGGCAGCAGCUGGAGCCUGCCCAGAAGGACCUGUACAGAGAUGUGAUGCUGGAGAACUACAGGAACCUGGUUUCUCUGGACUUGGAGUCUAGACCUGAAAUGAAGGAAUCGGGUCCAAAGGAGGACUUUGCGGAACACAGGCCAUCCGUCGGGGCGGUGGCCGAGGGACCCACGAGAAAUGGUGCCUGCGGCCCGGCCUUUGAAGGCGCGUGGACCCUGGGUGACUGGGUGGAGAGGAGGCAGCAGGGGGGCGCCAGGACCUGCCUGGGGCGGUCGGAGGUUUCUCAGGAGCUCGCCCCCGAGUGUCGUCGGGAACCUCAGGUCCUCACCCCCCAAAGCUCCAGCCUGCGCCCGCCACCAUCGGCGGGUCCGGGGGAAGCAGGGUCCCAGCCGCGUGUGGUGCUCGGCGCAGACCUCAGCCAGCCCUCCAGACUGGACGCAGAGGAGAAGCCUUACGCGUGCGCCACGUGCGGCAAGGCCUUCAGCCGCAGCUCGUCCCUCGUGAAGCAUCAGAGGACCCACACCGGGGAGAGGCCCUUCGAGUGUGACGAGUGCGGGAAGCACUUCAUCGAGCGCUCGUCCCUCACCAUCCACCGCAGGGUCCACACCGGGGAGAAGCCGUACCGGUGCGGGGACUGCGGCAAGGCUUUCAGCCAGCGCAUGAACCUGACCGUGCACCAGCGCACGCACACGGGCGAGAAGCCGUACGCGUGCGCCGCGUGCGGGAAGGCCUUCCGCAAAGACCUCGUCCCUGGCGCAGCUACCGAGCGCGUGCACACGGGCGAGCGGCCGUACGCGUGCGGGGACUGCGGCAAGGCCUUCAGCCAGAACAUGCACCUGACCGUGCAUCGGCGCACGCACACGGGCGAGAAGCCGUACGCGUGCGCCGAGUGCGGGCGCGCCUUCAGCCAAAACAUGCACCUGACCGAGCACCGGCGCACGCACACGGGCGAGAAGCCGUUCCGCUGCGGGGACUGCGGCAAGGCCUUCAACAAGAGCUCGUCGCUGACGCUGCACCGGCGGAACCACACGGGCGAGAAGCCGUACGCGUGCGGCGAGUGCGGCAAGGCCUUCAGCCAGAGCUCCUACCUGAUCCAGCACCAGCGCUUCCACAUCGGGGUCAAGCCCUUCGAGUGCAACCGUUGUGGCAAGGCCUUCAGCAAGAACUCGUCGCUCACGCAGCACCGGCGGGUGCACACGGGCGAGAAGCCGUACGAGUGCUCCGUGUGCAGGAAGCACUUCACGGGCCGCUCGUCCCUGCUCGUGCACCAGACGGGCCACACCGGCGAGAAGCCGUACGCGUGCGGCGAGUGCGGCAAGGCCUUCAGCCAGAGCGCGUACCUCAUCGAGCACCAGCGCAUCCACACCGGCGAGUACCCCUACUGCGCCCAGUGCGGCAAGGGCUUCAUCAAGAACUCCUCGCUCACCGUCCACCAGCGCAUCCACACCGGCGGAGAAGCCUACAGGUGCGGCGAGUGCGGGAAAACCUUCAGCCGGAACACCAACCUCACGCGCCACCUGAGGAUCCACACCUAGGGGGAGGCGUGGGGGGCGCCUGGUCCCGGGACCUGCCUUGGGGGGGGGCCUGAGCCCCCAGCA